AAAUUAAUUGACAAAAAAAUUAAAAUGAUGCCCAUGUACUAUGAAAGAGAGUUUAAUAUACAUUAAUACAAAUGUUAACUGUGUUUAGAAAUUUUAAAAAAACACUAAAGAUCAUAGUGGUAAGUUGAGGUUACUUUAAAUUUCAGUUUAGGUUAAACUAAACCAUAUAGUGGUAAGUUGAGGUUACUUUAAAUUUCAGUUUAGACGGAAUCCCGGGAUCGACCCAGGACCUCAACAAUUUAUCUGUUUUUUAUCAUUUACCAAAGGGAUGGCAAAACAGUAAAUUUAACUCUUCUCACGCCACGUCUUCAUCCUCUCCACUACGACAUGUUUGUUUUGCUUUCUUGUUUUCUAUCCUUUAUUCAUCCUUUUCUAUGUCCGUAAAUUCCAAGAAGAAGAAUCAACACAACGAUCUUCCCCAUUUUGAAUCAUUAUCGUGGCAAAGGUAAUUGAUUUUCAUCUUCAAUUUUGAAUCAACAAUCUAAAUUGAAUUGAAUUUUUGUUUGGAACCUAAUUGAUUGACUUAAAAUCUCAAUCUGUUUCAGUUUCAGUUCCAAUUCAACUUGAAUCGAUUUUAGCAAAAGUUAAUUCAAGUACAUUCUCUGUAUUCUCUUUUGACUUUUUAUAUUCAAUUUAGAUCAAAUUGAAAUUUCUCUUUGCUUUUGUAUAUACACUCCAAAAUCGAAUUGAAUUUUUGUAUGGAACCUAAUUGAUUUAUCUAAAAUCUCAAUUUGUUUCAGUUUGUUGGAUGCAUGUCGUUCAUUUGAUCUUUAUUCACUUUCUUUCUUUCUUUUCUAGAUUUUGUUUUUGUGCUCUGCAUUUCUGAUUCCUUUUCAGGAGUAACCAAUGAAGAAGAAUUUGAAGAAAAAAAUAAAACUUUUGUCUAUUUCCAAAGAUUUUGAAGUAGAAGUAUCUCUUCAAGAAGAUGGGUUCAAAGGUUCUUGGUUUAGAGCUAUCCUCGAGCAAAAUCCGACGAGAGUGAGAGGAAAAAAAGCUUCAGGUUUGUUACAAAACUUUGUUCAACGAAGACGGUGUAAAUCCUUGCAAGGAAACUAUUGAACGAUGUUUUAUUCGCCCGGUCCCGCAAGAAUAUCUUAAUUAGGGUGUCGUAUUCAAGGAAGGGUCGGUGGUGGAUUCUUAUUUUAAUAAUGGUUGGUGGACUGGUCUUAUCAUAGUUGAAAGGCCAGAUGGUAGUUUUUUGGUUUACUUUGAUGAUCCACAAGACAUAAUGAAAUUCAUCAUAAGCCAACUGAGACCUCAUGCUGAUUGGAUCGGCUCCGAAUGGGUCAAAAGCAAAAACAAGAUAUUUUUUUCUUUGUAUGUUUUAAGUUCUAAAAUUUUGAAUUGUUGAGGGUUUUAGAUUAUAUAUGAUUGUUUUGGAAUUGAAGGUAUUGAACAAAUCUUUAGAACAAGGAAGUUGGUGGAAAUGACCCGUGAAAUUAGUGAAAGUGAAAAGGAAAAAAUUUGGGUCCGAGCAUUAGUAAUUACAGAGAUUCACGGGGGUGACAGAAGAAAUUUUUUGAUCAAAAGAUGUACAAUCUCACAAAAUUCGAGUGAUGAAGCGAAAGGAAAACAUUCAAUAAUUGAUAUUUGCAAAAUCAGGCCAUCUCCUCCUCAAGAUUUUUGUGCAGAGUACAGUCUGAACGACUAUGUUGAAGUGGUUGUUACACAUGGGUGGCACAAAGGUCGAGUGACGGAAAUUCUCCUUGAAAACAAUUACAGAGUGUAUUUCGCUGCCACAAAAGAGGAUGCGAUUUUUAAUUAUACUGAGAUUAUGCUGUCAAUGGAGUGGCUAGGUGGUGGUAGUUGGAUCAAAGCACAUGAGGUAUUUUCUCACACAUAAGUUGUAUUCAUUUUUGGUGUAAUUUAAAAUCUUCCUACAUCAUUUUUUCAGAGAGAAUUUGAAAAUAAUGCUGCCACACCAAUCAGACCCGCUCAAGAGAGCCCUAUUAACACACUUGUUUUAGAAUCCAAUGAAGAUGAUACGGUGAAUGAUGAUGCCACCGAAAUCAAAUCCUCUCGAGAGAGCUACAGUAACACUUCUUUUUUAGAAGCCACUGAGACUGAAACACAAAACCAUUAACCGUAGAUGUAAGUUUUAAACUAUCACCCCCUUGUGUGUUGUCAUAGGCUUCUUUUUCUUAUCGUUAAACUAUAUGUUUUUACUAAUGAAUGAUGUGUAGGGAGUGGAGUUACCAUUAUCUCAUGAAUCAGAUGAUAUGAUGGAUGAUGUGGCCACUCCAAUCAUAUACCCUCAAGAGAUACCACGAGGUAAAAUGUAAAUUAGGAUUUAUAAAAGCCUAUAAAUAAUUUAUGAAGACUUACGAAUCUAUACAUUAUAAUUUAUAAAGUCCAAUUAAUAAUUUAUAAGAGCAUAUAAAUAGUUUACAAGGGCUUCUAAAUCUAUAUUAAAAAUUUGACAAUUAUUUUGAAGGGCUUAUGAUGAUUUAUGAAGAUUUAUGAAAUAAGUUAUAAGGUAAUAUAUAAAGGCCAAUAAAUAAUUUAAAAAGAUUUAUAAAUGUGUAUAAAAUGAUUUACAAAUUUUGCCAAUAAUUAAUUUAUAAAGACUUAGGAAUCUAUAUAUAAUAAUUUAUAAAGCCCAAUAAAUAAUUUAUAAGAGCAUAUAAAUACUUUACAAGAUCUUGUAAAUCUAUAAUAGUUUACAAACCCAUUGUAUUGUUUUCUAAACAUUAAACCAUAUAUAUAACUGGGCCUUAAACAUUGAUAAUCAAAAUUGGACCUUAAAAAUAAAACCGUCACAAUUAAGGGUAAAAAGACGGGACCUUUCAUCUUCUUCCUCCGUUUGCGUAUGUUCCGAUGCAAAUCCACAACCGCAUCUUUUGAUCUGUUUUUAUAUUCCGCCGUUCUCCAUUUCUUUGAUUACAAAAACCUGCUUUUCACUUGUGGUUUUCAAUUACCAUCGAUUUCUCUUAACUCCGGUAAUGUUAUUGGUUCUUCUUGGCGAUUCUUCUUCUCGCUCUGCCUAUAAUAGAUGUGUAAUUGAUAUUAGUGUUAUAUUUGACUAAUUUUGUCAGAGGUUGUGGCCUUUAGGUUUAGUAUGUCGUAACUUGGAAUAGAGUAGAUUAGGGUUUUUUUUUGUCAUUUGCGAUAUAUUUCAUUGCUAGUUCUUUCGUUAUUGAUGUGGUUCAUCAAUUUUAGAUUGAUUUAUUAUGAUUUACAAGUGUUGAUAAAUAAAACUUUUAUAAGUCAUUAUAAAACAUAUCUUUGACAUUACCAUUUUGAAUUGUUUCAGGUGAAAUGAUGAAUAAAUCUGAUGAUAAGAUUUUUUUGCCAAAAAGAAUCUCUGAACCUGAUACAAAUGGAGGUGUAUUGGAUAGAAUUAACAAGCGCUCCAACCUUAAGUUGGUUGGUACAGUUGAAAACGUUUUGGGCAGAGAAUUCAAGAAGCUUGAAGAUUCAUUCUUGGCUCCGGUAAUUAAGAUGGGAAGGAGGCAGAAGCAUAUGGUGUUUUCAAGGCAUUUGAUUCAUCCCUUACUCUUAAGGAGAAUUGAUAUAGGCAAGAAGGGUUUGUGGUUUUCUUUUGGAGAACAACUAAUGAGAUUUUCUCUCAGAGAAUUCCACUUGGCAAAGGGUCUGCCUUGUGUUGUUGACAAAGAUGAAGAGGAAGUGGAAACUUCAACAACAAAAAUCAAGAAGAAUCAAACUUUAAACACCUUGCUUAAUCUACUUGUGAAAAAGAGUACAGAGCUUACUGCUGAUCAGAGAUUAAGGUUGGGAGUUACAAUCCUUGUGGAAGGGAUAUUAAUGGCAAGCAAUCCAGUGACAAGUAUACUGUUGGGGUCAAAAUCGGUCACGACGGAAUCAAUGUCUGAAAGUCCGUAAAAAUCGGCAUAAACGUU